AUGGUCCGAAACCUGGUUGUCAUUGGGGGCACAUCCCACCCGCAACUGACUCAGAGCAUCUGUGACGUGCUUGGCAUCCCUCCCGCAGAAGUCCUGCUGUCCAAGUUUGCAGUCGGUGAGACUCGAGUGGAAAUACAAGAGUCUGUUCGAGGGAAGGAUGUCUAUAUCAUUCAGUCCGGCGGUGGUAAGGUUAAUGAUCAUCUUCUUGAGCUUUUGAUCACAAUCUCGGCCUGCAAGACAGCCUCGGCCCGCCGCGUCACCGCCGUUCUUCCUCUCUUCCCAUAUUCUCGGCAAAGCGACAUUCCUUAUGACAAGGCCGGAGCUCCCUUGGUCAAGUCUUCCGUCCGGGACCGCCCAAACAAUGGCUACACUUUUGAGAGCACCCCUCCCACCCCUGGGCCUGGCAUGAAGAGCGAGGGUCUCGGCCUGCAGGGUGGAAUUGACAACUUGCAGAAGAGCUUGGCCAAAGCUCAGAUUGAAGAGAGUACUGGCAGUCCGGUGAAGCGGCGCACCGCGAACGGACUCGCCAGAAGCGAGACUACAGACUCUGUCAAGUCCCUGGCCGGUGACGACUCCUCAUGCAACUCUUCCAAGAUCAAUGCGUUCCAGCCCCGGCCCGGAUAUAAGCAGUGGGUCGCGCAAGCAGGUACCCUAGUGGCAGACCUGCUCACCUGUGCCGGUGCGGACCACAUCAUCACCAUGGAUCUGCACGACCCGCAGUACCAGGGCUUCUUCGAUAUCCCGGUGGACAAUCUGUACGGUCGUCCUUUGCUCAAAAGCUAUAUCCAGCGCCAGUUCCCGGGUGACAAGAGUCACAUCGUGGUGGUCAGUCCUGAUGCUGGUGGUGCCAAGCGCGCCACAGCUAUUGCUGACUCUAUGGGAAUCCCCUUUGCUCUCAUUCACAAGGAGCGCCGCCCAACCAAGAUCACAGACCGCCAGAAUGCUACUAUGAUGCUGGUCGGUGACGUUCGCGGUAAGACAGCGAUCCUGAUUGAUGACCUUGCCGACACCUCCAAUACCAUCACGCGGGCAGCGAAACUGCUCAAGAAAGAAGGUGCCAUGAAGGUGUACGCCUUGGUCACUCACGGGAUCUUGAGCGGCGAUGCCAUUGAUCGCAUCAACGCGAGUGCCCUCGACAAAGUUGUCGUUACAAACAGCGUGGAUCAAACUGAUCACUUGCGUCGCUGCCCCAAGUUGGAGGUUCUCGAGGUCGGCCACGUUUUCGCAGAGGCUAUCCGCCGAGUUCAUCACGGUGAAUCGAUCAGCGUCUUGUUCCAGUACGACUGA